AUGCUUUUACAGGCCUUUUCAGCCAUUUUAUUUAUUUCUUGUUUUUUAUUUACAAAUUGUUCAAUUAAUGAUAAAAUGUUUGGAUCGUUAAGUUCUGUUAAAGUAAUUAUGGAGGAGGAUAUAGAGAAGGUUUCGGAAAUACCGGUUAAUUAUGUGGAAGGAUGUAAAGGGAUAUUAUUUUGUUAUCCCAGCCAAUUUUCCGCGAAUUCUGAAAACAAUUGGAAACCUAAUAAAGCCUUUGAAUUAACAAAAAAAGGUGCAAGUAACCUCUGUCUAAAUUCUUUAAAAGAAUCAACUGAAUAUGAAAAACUUAAAAAUAUUCAAUGGAAUAGGGUGAUGGUAUUUAAAGAAGGAAAAGAAAAUUUGGAAAUAUUUGCUGAUAUAUUCCCUGAAAAGUAAGGGGGGGG